AUGUCAGUACAACAACUUCGACUUCGACAACAUCCACAUCUUCGACUAGUACGACAUCGACGACUUCAACAUCGAGUACUUCGAGCACAUCAACCACAUCAACUACAAGCACGUCCACCACAAGCACAACAACCACAUCGACCACUAGUACAACAAGUAAGUUUUGUUUUUUCGAAUUUGUAUACGAUGGGAUAAGCAGCUCUCAUUGUCUAUCACAUUGAUAGUGGGACACAUCUUCUCUCGUAUGAAAACGAACAAUGGCAGAAAAAAACGACAACCAGAUAAUUAGAAAGCCGUUUCAAGGAAAAAAUAUUUUUUAUCGAUCAUUGCAGCAUGUCGUGCUCAAUCACUGUUCUUGUGGUUGACUAAAUUUUCUAUUGUGAAUAGUGGCAACUACAUAGAAAGAUUAAAUAAAAUGAAAUAGUGAUACUUUCGUUAAAGCUCUACAAACACGCAUAAUAGUGUUCUCACUAAUAAUCUUUUAUAAUUCGGCAUAGAAAGAAGUUAGAGAUCUAAAACUUAAAUCUUAGGUGGUUAUCUUUGAACAGUAUAGAUUGGCAAAAUCAUUGACCACAACAAAUUUUGUAUUUUGAUAGUUUAAGGAACAGAAAGAUAUAAUGGGAAUUUAUUCUUGCUGUCGUUCUGAUUCAAAAAAAGCUUAGCUCAAGAAAUAUUAUAAAACUUUUACUUGCUGAUUUUACGAGCAAUAAUAUUGAUAUAUAAAGUACAUGUUGCGGACUACUAGAAAUGAUACCAUAGAUUCAUGCACCUCAGUUACUUUAGCUGUAGGAAGGUUCAGAAAGUUGGCAGUAGUCAAUAAAAUAGCUCUUUUUAAUCAGACCAAAUAGUUCCUACUUUUUGCGUAAUCAACUGAUGUAAGCGACAUAUUCUCUCCUUUUUCCUUACAACACUAAUGCUUAGGGAUGCAUCAAAUCCUGCGACUGUGUCUCAAAGGUUGCAUAUUUUUGAUAUUUAAAACCCUAAACUUUAGCAAACUUUUGUGUCAGACAUAACCAGUUUUAUCUGUUCUAUCCGAAACUAGUGUUGAAUUUUAUCAAAUUUAAAAAUAAGCCGCUGGAUUUGGUAGGGUUUGGUGAAAAAUGAAGAAAAAGA